AAACUGGAAGGCUCGGAGUUCGGAACUUGGAUCUCAGAUUCUCAGCUCAGUUUAGUUUAGUUCGGUUCGGAGUUCGGACUGAGACAGUCCGGAACGGAUUGAUAGACUGUGAGUAGUUACUACACGCUUAACUAGCAUCGCUGCAAUUUUAACUGGACGUUUACCCGUUACUGUUUUUAGUUGAUCACUGUUGUCUGGAAUUACGAUAAGUGGACCCCUAUACUGUUCUAUAGUAGUUAGUUAUACCGUUGUUGUCAUGUGCGGUUUGUAUAGGAUAAGUUGAACGGUAGUGAUAAGUGAUAAGAGCAAACCUACCCCGUGCAUCAAUGAACCUGGAAUUCUAAGUAGACAACACAUUUAUCUGUUACUGUUUUGAUAUCUGUACAUUUAUGGUAAACAUGGACCUCACUAGAAUUAUAUCCGUUACAAUUCUAUAUAGAUGUUAACAAAGCUGUAAAUUCCAAGUCCACUAAUUACCGGUGCAGUAUUGUAAACCUUUGACAUUGAUAAACACAUUACCAAUCUGAAAUUUCAAUUGCACAUAAAUAAGCUUAUCUAUUAAGCUACUCUCUAUUGUUGACUAACUUGGAAUUAUAACCGGUUACCUGUAUUACUGUAAUCUCGUUUAACAUUGAAACCUAGUAGCCUAGUGAAUUUCCAAGUGGAUACUUAUCUAUUGCCAUAGAGAAAAGAUACCUUUAUAGAUAGAAAGAUUACCAUUCGUCUAUGCUAUUACUGAUUGAAAAUUUAUUCCAGUAUAGGCUACACAAAUUUUAAAAAUGGGUGGAUCAAUCUAUUUAUGCAUUUGAUUGAAUAUUGAAGUGUACGGUACAUAUACUGUAGGUGACAUUUGUAUAGUUGACAGGAUGUGGCGGCACAUAGCGUUGUUGUUAGUGGGGGCUGCACUGGUGACAGAAGGGUGUGAAGUUGUGCGCGUGGAGAUGUGCCGUGGCCUGGGCUAUAACAUGACAGGCAUGCCGAACCUGGCCGGCCACGAGCUGCAGGCGGACGCGGACUUCACGUUGCAGACGUUCGCGCCGCUCGUGCAGUACGGCUGCUCAGCGCGACUGCACCUGUUGCUGUGUGCCGUCUAUGUGCCGAUGUGCACCGACAAGGUUGCCAGUCCGAUCGGGCCGUGUCGGCCGCUCUGCGAGUCCGUGCGCUCCCGUUGCCUCCCCGUCUUGCAGGGCUUCGGCUUCCCGUGGCCUGCCGCUCUCGACUGCGCCCGCUUUCCCGCCGACAACGACCACCGGCACAUGUGCAUGCAGGGACCACCGGAAGCGAGCGCUGCCGCCAUUCCACCGGCCGGCCCCAGACCGGGACCACUGCCCCUGCCGCCUCCGUUCCCCCGCCCCCGAUCACCAUGCUCCUCCAACGCAUCGGAAGUGCUCUUCAGCCCCCAACAGCAACACAUGGCCAACGCCUGGCUCACUCUCUGCGCGCUUCUGGCUACCGUCUGCCCCCUGCUGGGGCUGUUCGCUCGCCUAGCCGCCCCUGCGCCCGCCCCCACGGCCCCUCAGCCGCCUCCAGCCCUGCUGCUGCACCUGGCCGUCUGCUACGCGGGGGCUGGCCUUGGCUGGUCCGCCCGCCUUCUCAUGGGUCCCGCCUCCGCGUCUGCCGCCUUCUGCCACCACCGCCUCCUCGCUCACGACUUGCCCGCCGGUCAUGGCUGUGUGCUCGUCUUCCUCCUCCUCUACUACUUCAACAAUGCCGCCUCUGUCUGGUGGGUGAUGACAGUGCUGUGUUGGUUCCUGCAGACUGGCCUCGGCUGGACGCCUGCCAGAAUACAAAACUACACAACGUUCUUCCACAUAACAGCAUGGGUGCUGCCCGCAGUCAACACAGUGCUCAUCGUAUUCAUGCGGAGGAUAGACGCUGACGAACUAACAGGCACAUGCUACGUGGGCAACCAGGACUCAACUUCGCUGAUAGCAUUCGUGCUGGUGCCGCAGCUAGCCUGCCUGCUAUUGGUCGGCUCGAUGCUCAUCUUGGGCUUCCUGACGAGCAUCGGUCACAGCCGGAAGGGCGGCCGCGGAAGUGCUGUGCUGGCACUUUUGUUCCUUGCCGCCAACAGCUGUGUCGUCGCCACUUACUUCUACGAGCUGUGGAAUCGCGAUGACUGGAUCAUGGACGGGCCUCCAACGGGCAAACCGCGACGAGCCAAGCUGUGGGUGCCGCUGGUGAGACUGUCGCUACCGGCCGUGCUAGCCGUGGUCGUCGGUCUGUGCGUCUGCUUCUCCAGGUCGCAGUCGUGGUUCUGGUCGAUGGACGCCAAGCAGAAGCCCACCAUCCCCCAGGACAUCCACUACUUCCCUCCUCCCAAACAGCGUCUGCACAAAACUCGCAGUCACCGAAAACACAACGGCGAAACGUUGGUAUGAGUUGGUGUAAAACCAAGUAAAUAACGGUAGAAUAUAAAUAUUGGGCAGGAUUCACAGAUCCUAAUAAUUAUGAUCGUUGGUUACUCUUGAAGUAGGGCCUAAUGUACUAUAUCUAAACCCCUAUUUUCCAACGAAAUUUUGCUCUGAUGGGCUGAAAAAACACCAGCAGGCCUUAUGUUCAAAAUUUACUACAAUGAAAUUGCGUGUAUUAAACACUUGCAUAUAACUUAAUAUUAUUAAAAACAAUAUAAAAACAUGAAGUACCCUUUUAUUUAGAACAUUUCAAACAACUAGUUUCGGCCUAACUAGUUGUUUGAAAUGUUUCAAAGUUUAAAAUGUUCUAAAUAAAAGGGUACUUCAUGUUUUUAUAUUGUUUUUAAUAGUUGUAAUAAAGUAGACCAUACAAGUGAAGUGAUUUUAAUAUUAUUUGUGUGGACACUUAUUGUAUUGCACACUCAUGAUAGUGUUCACAAUUUUAUCAUUCUUGCAAUGCGAAACAUUCUUAGAAUCAAUGGUAGGUAUUCUUUUUCUGUCCAGGGAACCAGAAAUUCAUUGUCAAUUGGGGCUUUAGAGCUAUAUUAAUUAUAAAAGUUGUUCAGUCUAGGCAUACAGAAAAAAUAGCCUAAUACGAUAUCCCAUGGUAUAGGUCGUUUAUGUUCCAAAUUUCAAGCCGAUUUUUCGUCAACUCAAGCCGAUUACUAUUGUCGAUUAUAUUGGUGUUUUGGCCGUGUUUAAGUAUAAGAACGGCACAGUAUGAGAGUCAACUAGCGUCACAUCGCUUCACAAAAAAUACCUACUAGGAAUAUCGGCUUGAAUUAACAGUGAAAUUCGGAACAUAUAAACGCCCUAUAUACCGUGGGAUAUCUUCUUAUGCUUUCUUUUGUCUAUGGUUUAGGUUACUAGGUAUUUUAUUUGCUCAGUAACAGUGCUUGAAUCGAACCAACCAAUAGUACGAUUGUUAGAACAUCCGAACUGUACGAGCUUACUUGCUUAGCAACAUUCCUGAGAAAGCCAUUCUUUCGAUUAAGGAAACGUUCAUAAAAGCAAUCCUAUAAGAAAUUUUAUGAUUAAACAUGUUAUAUAUGAAAGCUGUUUAUUGAUAGGAGUUUCAUUGGUGGUUAUUGAAAAUUACAUAAUUUAUCUGACUGACAAUUUCACAUAUAUGUACUAAACUUGUGGCUCCUGCCAUCUUCUUUUACAUAGCCUACUGUGGUACCAAUCGUACAUUACGGGCAACUAGUCAUUAUUUUAAGAUAAUAAUUCACAAUUGCCAUAUUAUUAUUAUUAUGAAUCAAGGAAUGUAGAAUAGAUACAUUGGUAUGAAUGAUUGUAUGCCAACUUCCCAAAGAAUGUGUCAGGUGGCAAAUUCAAAUGUACUCUCUCGUGGCUAUAGUUUUAUUCAAGACUAAAUUUCAAGCUCAAAGGCCAAAAACUUUUGGUAUAAAAAUGUAGUGACCAAGUUUGAACUUUGGGCCAAGAUCUGUUGCUUUUGAGGAGUUGUUGGUUUUCAUCCUUGUGAAUGUUAAUAAUUAACAAUUAUUAUUCUACUCAACUAAAUAUUAUAAUAUCUAGUCUAAAAAAUGUUCAUGUACUGACAAAUAGUGAGGUUUCUAACUUAUAUUUAUAAUAUUUAAUUUUUGCUAAUCAAUCUGCCAUAAUUAUGAAUUUAUCAUAGAUCUGCAAUCAUUAAUCAAACAUUGCAGAAAUAAUCUGAUUAAGUAGAUAUCAAUUUUGUUAUCCAUCUUAAAAAUAAUAUCAUUUAUAAUAAUCAGCCACGUGAUUAUGAUUAUAAUUCAUUAGAUGUCAAUAAAAAAACGUGCCAUAACAAAACUUUCAUAGUGGAACGACCGAAGUCUUACGGUGCGGAGUUGCUCACUUGCUACCUUAGUCCUAUGUAUAUUAUUGGAGUGAUUUAUUAGCCAGUCGAAAGACCGACCCACUGAAUCUGUUUGGCGUCAGUUUCUCUCAAAAUAUUUCAAACUUCCAGUACAUAUUCUCCAAAUAUAAUCUAAACUUGAUACAAUAGAGAAGAUAUAAAUUUGUAUAACUGUAGUUAUUUAAAAACCUCACUUCUCAUACAGAAAGCCGUGUUGAAAACCAUCAGCUAACAUAAUGUUCUAAUCCGCCCUUGAGAGAGAGCGCAGAGUGACAUAUACUCUACCUCUCAACCCACUCCAAUACAAAAGUUACAUCACUUCGAUUAUAGCUACUAUGUAUUAUAUCUAUGAUAUGUAUUAACUCCACAAAAUUAUAAAAAAAUAUAUUGUCAUGAAAUUGUGACUUGCAUAAUGAAUCUUAGGUGGUCUUAGUCACGAUCAUGACAGCUCGUUCGUUUAUGACAUCUUACAUAUCGAUUUACAAUUUUUUGAAGUAUUUUGAAAAACAAACUUGAUAAGCGUAGCUGGCGAAUUCAUGAUACUACUCAAGCCUUAGUCAAUACGAUACUGUAAUUCAUAAUUGAAGGUGCAAGUCACCUUCUCAAACGUUCUUCAAGAAUUAAGCAACUGGAUAGGUUAUAAAUUAUUCAAAUAAACUGUAUUCUAGAUUCUGAAUUUUUCCCAUCAUUAUGUGUAUUAACUAUUAAAGUAGUUCAUGUGUUUUCCACAUAUUCUAAUAAAUGAAAAAAUAAAAUAUUUUGUAGUUCGAGCGGAGAGCAAGUCAAUGGCACUCUGCUCCAGUUGAUUAGCCAUUCAUGUAGAUGACUCUUCAGUAAAGACUAUACUUCUGAUUCAUUAAAAAAUCUGCUUACUGCCAUCAAAAUUAGAAUUUUAUAAGCGUACCUUGAACAUCGCAAGACUAAUAAUUUUAUUGAGCAUAUUUUAGUAGUUGAUGGAUUGUAAGAUUGUUGGUAAUUGAAUAAUAUUGUAUGUUUGUAAAUGACUGUACAUAAGACUGGUUAUAUUUUAGUAUAAUAUAACAUAUAUGCUAUUAAUGGAAGUGUAUAUGAGAUAUAAUAAUAUUAUUUCAAUAUGUUAUACUAUCCAAUCUAUUGAUGUGUACAUAAAACAUUAAACAGCUAUUUAAUUUGAAA